CGUUCAAGAUCAAACGCUUCCUCGCUAAGAAGCAGAAGCAGAACCGGCCUAUCCCGCAAUGGAUUCGCAUGAAAACGGGCAAUAAGAUCAGGUACAACUCCAAGAGGAGACACUGGAGAAGGACCAAGCUGGGCUUGUAA